UCUCCCUCUCUCUGUCUCUAGUUCAAGGUGUUUAAACAAUACCAUAAACCUAGGAAUUGAAAUCAUCACUCUCCACCCAUUUGAGGUUUCAUCUUCAAUUCCUUAUUUCUUUAUGGCAAACACCGAUUCUACUCCAGCUGUUCCUGCUUCUUCUACUUCCCCUCUCUCCACUAGGAAAGAGAAUGUGACACCGGCUAGCACCAAAAUUGCGGAACUAACUGAAUCAAGGCAAGAGUUGCUCAAUAGGAUUCAGAGUUUGAAAACAGAUCUUCAAAGCUGGAGAUAUAAGUUGGAUGGCCAAGUAAAGGUCUAUCGCGAUGAACUGUCGGAGCUCAAGAAAUCGCUGAAUGUUGAAGUGGAUCAACUUAGAUCUGAAUUUCAAGAGUUAAAAACAACUCUUCAGCAACAGCAGGAAGAUGUCACUACCAGCUUAAGAAACUUAGGGCUUCAGGAUGCCUCCGAAGAACCAAAAGAGGCUGAAGAUGCCAAGCCUGAUAAAAAUGAAGAGAAUGCUCAGGAUUUGCCAAAGGACAGUGGUAAAGAUACUGAGGCAGUAGAGUAAAUUUCACCUUCCCUAAACUUCAUCUUCUCCGAUGAGAUAUGGUUGGGCUAGGUUAGGAAGUGUUCUCUUAUUCUCAUCUAUGAUGAGAUCAAGUCUUUCAUUCUAGGAGGUUUGGUGAAUGACCCCCUUUUAUCCCAACUGUUAGUUCAAGGUUUUUACUUGUACUGCUAUUGACUUGCAUAUUUCAUGAGGGGCACACUAGUGGCUAGCUAUGUUACUUUUCCAAUACUUGGGAGCUUUUCUAAAAUUUGAAACCCUACACUGUCAAAUUUCCCUCUAUUCUUGACCUUUAUGGGGGUAUAAGGAUGAAUGGAAAUUGUUGAAAGAUGCUAGAAAAUUUUGAUAUCUAA